AUGGAAGAAGAUAAAAAAAUAUGCUUUUUUACUUAUUAUUUGUUUUGGUGGUGCUUUUUUACAUACUCUUCUAUUUGCGCAAAUAUAGUGAGGAAAUGCCUUAAUAAAAAUAAACGUAUUGAAGCAGAAAAACGAGAAAUGGUUAAUUUAAAAAUUUCAAAUUGGGAGAAUGGAAAACAAGGAAAAUCAGAAACUUUAAUAAAAUAA